AUGUUGACCGAAGCAACAGCUGUGCAGCUUCUAGACUUUUCUCAGCGUCUGGACAUCCAGUUGCUUGAUCAAGUCGUGAAUUCCAUGUAUACCUCGUCUGGAGAGGAACAAAAACUUGCACAGAAAAUUCUCAAUACUUUGAAGGAGCACCCUGAAGCCUGGACGCGGGUCGAUUCUAUCUUAGAGUUCAGUUCAAGCCAGCAGACGAAAUACUUUGCCCUUCAAAUAUUAGAGGCUCUUAUUAAAACGCGAUGGAAGAUCCUUAAGCAUGAAUGGCCUGUUAAUUGGCCAUCGUUUAUUAGCGAUAUCGUUGGUGCCAGCAAAACCAACGAGUCUCUUUGUCAAAACAACAUGGUCAUUUUGCGGCUGCUCAGUGAAGAAGUAUUUGACUUCUCCCUGGGUCAGAUGACGCAGACCAAGGCCAAACAUCUGAAAGACUCAAUGUGCCAAGAAUUCGGCAUGAUUUUUCAGCUUUGCCAGUCCGUCCUGGAGGGUUGUCAGAAUGCAUCUCUUAUGCUUCCAUUGAGUACGAAAAUGCGUGAGGCAUAUGACAAAGGGAUGACUGAUGAGCAAAAUUUUAUUCAGAACCUUGCUAUUUUUUACUGCACUUUCCUCAAGUCGCACAAUUCUCUCAUUGAAAGCGGUCAAAUCUCUGAACACCUGGGCGACGCCUAUAGCUACUUGCUGCUUAUAUCCGAGGUUGAGGACAAAGAGGUUUUCAAAAUUUGUCUGGAGUACUGGAAUUUCUUCGUAUCGGAACUGUACACACAAGCCACUCUGGCGUGCCGUCCGCUGUAUUCGUCUUUAUUGACGAAACCGGAGUUUGCGCCUGUGCUUUCGAAGCUUCGUUCUAUCCUAAUAUCCAGGAUGGCGCGCCCAGAAGAGGUGCUAAUAGUGGAAAAUGAACACGGCGAAGUCGUUCGCGAAUUCAUGAAGGAUACGGACAGCUUAAACCUUUACAAAACCAUGCGCGAAACCUUAGUCUACCUCACUCAUCUGGAUCACAAUGACACUGAGAAGAUCAUGUUAGAGAAGCUUCAAAGGCAAGUGGACGGCAGCGAGUGGUCCUGGGCAAAUUUAAAUUCGCUGUGCUGGGCCAUUGGCAGUAUCUCGGGCGCAAUGCAGGAGGAUGCUGAGCGCUCUUUCCUCGUUGUUGUGAUUCGGGACUUGUUGGGCCUGUGUGAACACAAACGUGGCAAAGACAACAAGGCGAUAGUAGCAAGCAACAUAAUGUACGUAGUUGGUCAAUAUCCUCGGUUUCUGCGAGCCCACUGGCGCUUUCUGAAGACAGUAAUCACCAAACUCUUUGAGUUCAUGCACGAGACGCACGAGGGUGUACAGGACAUGGCCUGCGACACCUUCAUCAAGGUGGCACAAAAAUGCAGGCGUCAACUUCUGCUUGUACAAUACGGCGCAACCUGUGGUUUUGUUGACGAAAUCAUCCGUGAAAUCGACUCCAUCAUUUCCGAUCUUCAGCCGCAGCAGGUUCAUACGUUUUACGAAGCGGUGUCCACAAUCCUCAGCGCCGAUGUAGACACUACCGAGCAGAACGAGCGGAUCGAGGGUCUUUUUAGGUUACCAAACGAGAUUUGGGACGAGAUCCUCUGUCGCAUCGCAGCUGAUGCCAACGUUCUCAAGGACAUCGAAACAGUUAAACAAUUGUGCAAUAUUUUGAAGACCAACCUAAGCUCUUGCAAGGCUUUGGGACACCCAUAUCUUGUCCAGCUCUGUCGGAUAUAUCUGGAUAUGUUGAACGUUUACAAACUUCUAUCGGACAAUAUAAACGCGGCCGUACUUAGUCACGGAGAUCAGGUGACAAAACAGCCGCUCAUCCGCAGUAUGCGAUCGGUAAAGAAGACCGUUUUGAAUCUGCUGUCUUGUUGGAUCCAGCGCAGUCAAAGUCCAGAGCUUGUAAGUUUUUAUUAA